AUGGUGGGCAAGAAAUUUCACUCAAACAAUGCGCCUAGUGAUGCAGUACAAACACCCGCUAAAUGUCGCAUUAUAACUUCAUAUGUCGAGAAUACCCUUUUACAGCGACAGUGGACCGGCAUUGCAGGCGCACCGUCACCUUGCUGGGAUGUUCCUUAUGGUUCUGACUAG